AUGUUUUUCGGCAAUUUGCUGGUGAUAAUGGGAUCGAAAGGGGCCAGGGGUUUGAUUCACCAGUCGGACGACGUGAAGCCCGUAGCAAUCGCAACGAACACGGGCGUCGUGGCAUUCGAACGGGUGUCGGCUUUCGAGGAGGUGUUCAAUAUGAGGAAGAUUGAAAUUACCAAAAAGGUGAUGUUUGACGAGUAUGCCGACGCCAACGCCAUGCAACAAAGUGGUCUACUCAAUGAGCUGUCGCAUCACGCCAGAGGUAAUGCUUUCAAAAAUCUACUGCACAUUGUUUAUGUUUCUGUUCCUUUUCAUUAUGCCGGUGACGAUGAAGUAGAACUCUCCAGGAGAGAUACAUGUAAUGGCUAA